GCAGGAUGGAGGAUCCUCCCUGGAAGCUGCAGGAGCAGCUUCUCGUGACGUCAUGACAGCAGCAUCAGCUGUUAGCUCUGCGUUCAGCCUUUUCGCCGCCGAUCUCCGUCCGCACAAACCAAAUAUAUGCGAUCCCCUCCAAACCCUGAAAUGGCGACACAGGAGGUACCGCUGAACGAGACUCUGGCGCAUCUGAAAACCGAAUCGGAGACGCUGAAGUCGAAGCUUGAAGAGGAGCGAGCGAAGCUGCACGACGUGGAGCUACAUCAGGUGGCGGAGAAGGUGGAGGGGCUGGGCCAGUUUGUUAUGAAAACCCGGAGGACUCUGAAGGGUCACGGCAACAAAGUUCUGUGCAUGGACUGGUGCAAAGACAAGAGGAGGAUCGUCAGCUCCUCACAGGAUGGCAAAGUGAUUGUAUGGGAUGGUUUCACCACCAACAAGGAGCACGCUGUGACAAUGCCUUGCACUUGGGUGAUGGCGUGCGCCUAUGCCCCCUCUGGCUGUGCUGUUGCCUGUGGAGGUUUGGACAACAAAUGCUCUGUGUACCCAUUGUCUCUGGACAAGAAUGAGAACUUGGCAGCUAAGAAGAAGUCAGUUGCCAUGCACACAAACUACCUGUCUGCUUGCAGCUUCACCAACUCAGACAUGCAGAUCCUGACGUCCAGCGGAGAUGGAACAUGUGCAUUAUGGGAUGUUGAGAGUGGACAGCUGUUGCAGAGUUUCCAUGGACACGCAGCAGACGUGCUGUGUCUGGACCUGGCCCCCUCCGAGACCGGAAACACAUUCGUUUCAGGGGGCUGUGAUAAGAAGGCAAAUGUUUGGGAUAUGCGUUCAGGACAGUGUAUUCAGUCAUUUGAAACUCAUGAAUCAGACAUAAACAGUGUUCGAUAUUACCCCAGUGGAGAUGCGUUUGCAUCAGGUUCAGAUGAUGCUACAUGCCGCCUGUAUGACUUACGUGCGGAUAGAGAAGUGGCUAUUUAUUCCAAAGACAGCAUCAUAUUCGGUGUUUCCAGUGUUGAUUUCUCUCUUAGUGGCCGAUUACUGUUUGGUGGCUACAAUGACUACACCAUUAAUGUCUGGGACGUUCUCAAAGGAACGCGAGUGUCUAUUCUGUUUGGCCAUGAGAACCGUGUCAGCACCCUGCGUGUUUCUCCUGAUGGGACGGCCUUCUGCACAGGCUCCUGGGAUCACACUCUUCGGAUCUGGGCAUAAGGAUGAAGAAUGGUGGAUUAAAAUGUUGAUAGUCAUAUUGAA